AUGUGGCGUGCCGUGCUGUGCCGGUACCACCGCUCAUACACGCCACGGCACCAGUGCAACACGCCACAUGGCGUCCUGCCGCGAGCAGUCACCAUCAAACAGAAGUGGGCCAGUGGCCAUGCAGGCUCCCACUGGACAGGGCUGCUGUUGCUGGUGCCGCCGCUGCGAGGCAAGAUUAAUGAGUUGAGUAAUGUCCCUGUCCCUGUUAUGUUAAUGCCAGAUGACUUUAAAGCCUACAGAAAGAUUAAAGUGGACAAUCAUCUUUUCAAUAAAGAGAACCUCCCAAGCCACUUCAAAUUUAAGGACUACUGUCCACUGGUAUUCCGAAAUCUCCGGGAAAGGUUUGGGAUUGAUGAUCAAGACUAUCAGAAUUCUGUGACACGGAGUGCUCCAGUAUACAGUGAUAGCCAUGGUCGGUGUGGGGUUCGCUUCCUUACCUCCUAUGACCGGCGGUUUGUCAUCAAGGCAGUGUCAAGUGAAGAUGUUGCAGAGAUACACAACAUUCUAAAAAAAUAUCACCAG